ACAUAAUUUCAUUUGUUUUGACAAAGGGACACAACCACUGGAAAAGAGCCGAAUUUUCAAAAACUUUGGGAAAUAACUCACAUGAAGCCAAAUGGGCAAUGGGUUACUAAUGCUUCUGCUGAAGUGAAUGAUAAAGUGAAAGAUGUUGUUGCUGAAAAAAUUCAAGAAAUUGAAGAGGUUACCGAUGUGGAUCCUAUUAUUAAUGUUGCAUUUGUGCAAAUAAUGGGAGAAAAAUCAAAGUACAUUCUUGGUCAAGGAUCUGAAAUUAAGUCAGCAAGUAGAAUAUCUAGAAAUGAAAUUCAAGAACAACUUCAAGCACAACAAAAGGAAGCAGAAGAAGAACGUCGUAAACGAGAGAGUGUAGAAAGCAAGCUAAUGGAAGUUAAGAAUCAACUUGAAGAGGAGCGAAAAAAUCGAGAAGUAAUGGAAGUUCGUUUAGUGCAUGACCAAAAAUUGUUAAAAGAGAGCAUGAUGGCGCUAGUAUCUCAUUUGAAGAAUCCAAAGAAUGGCCUUCCUGCUUCAAUUUUCAAUAUCAUUACAGCUUCAACUAGUUCAAAGGAGACAAGUUGUGCAAGUAUAAUGAAUGAUAAAUGGUUGCAGGAAGAUUUACACGGAAAGCAAAACCAAGAAUCACAUAUGCAAAAAGAAUUGGAUAACUUGAAAGAUAUCUUGACUUUUGAGAAGCAAACCUUAGAAAUGGCUAUUUAUGAUUGUGAUAAAUUCAGUUCAUUGUGCAAUGAAAAAGAUGUAGAGCUUAAGAGAAGCUAA